UCUCUCUCCAAAUCUUCCCCAUUUUCCACCAACCUCAAAUCCUCUUCGUUCACGCGUCAUUCUACAACAAUACAACAUAUCAAACACUUAUUGCAUUACGGUUAUAAUACGCCAUGGCCUGUCCUGUGGUUAUGAGCCCUCCAACCACUCCACUCGGCAUCAAGAGACAGACACGCCUUCGCAGCCAGCAGCAAUCGCCACAGACUCCCAUCCGCAAGCUGGUCUUGUCGGAGGAGAAGGAGCACUCCAUCCACAUCGCAUCUCCGCUCGGCUCUGCAUCGAAGCGUCAGCCCUCUCAGUCACAGAAGUCCAACAUCGCUCGUAGCUCGCCGAAGGCAAUUGAUCUUGGUGUCUCCGAGUUUUCUCUGACUGGGUCGGGUAACCCGACGCCUGUUACCACUGAACGCAAGACCAAGAAGUCAUCUAAAGUCUCCGCUACCAAGCCUAGACCAACCAAGACAACGCUCCGUGUCCCUCGCAAUCCUACCGACCGCUUCAUUCCCCAACGCCUGACUUCGGAAGCCAUUGACAACGUCAACGUAUCAAGAAUUUCAUCCCGUAGCGAGUCGGCUCGGCCUUCCUCUAGGGAAAGCAGCAACAACGACGGCUCUACUGUGCUUGCAUCUGCCGCCAACGAUCUCAACAUCUUCGGUGGCUCGGCGGAGGACGAUUUGGCACAGUCCUUUGGCCGCGUGAGAUUGGAGGACGACGGCGCCGAAGACGAAGAGUCUACUAAGAAGCCUUCUCCCAGAACCGUGGCUUACCAGGACUCCUUGGCUCAGGCUUGCGACAUGCACAUCGGUUCGCGCAUUCUCGAAUUCAAGCCUGCGGCACCGCAGUCCACCAAGCCGGUGGAUUUGCGGGCCCAGUACAACCGCCCUCUUAAGUCUAUCAGCGGUCAGCUUCGCCGUCGCAUUGCCUCUGCUCCCGAGAGAGUUCUUGAUGCGCCCAGCAUCAUUGACGACUACUAUCUAAACCUUCUCGACUGGUCUGCCGGUAACCAGGUUGCUGUUGCUUUGGAGCGUUCCGUCUACAUCUGGUCUGCCGACACUGGCUCAGUCAACUCCCUCUUCGAGACUUCUGAUGACACGUACAUCACCAGUGUCAAGUGGAGUGGUGAUGGUGCUUACGUCGCCGCUGGACUCGACAACGGCGAGGUCCAGAUCUGGGACGUCGAGGAUGGGACCAAGCUUCGCAGCAUGCACGGCCACCCCCAGCGUGUGGGUGUCAUGGGCUGGAACAAGCAUCUUCUCUCGACGGGUGACCGGUCUGGCCUCAUCAUCAACCACGACGUUCGCGUUGCUGAUCACAACGUCGCCGAACUGACCGGCCACAGCCACGAGGUCUGUGGCUUGGAGUGGCGUUCGGACGGUCAGAUGCUGGCUUCUGGUGGCAACGACAACCUGGUCAACAUCUGGGAUGCUCGCAACCUCAUGGAGGCGAAGCACACCAAGACUAACCACCACGCUGCAGUCAAGGCUCUUGCCUGGUGUCCAUGGCAGCUUAACCUGCUGGCGACGGGCGGUGGUUCCAACGACAAGCACAUUCACUUCUGGAAUUCGACGACGGGUGCACGCCUCAACUCGAUCGAUACCGGUAGCCAGGUCACCAGCCUCAAGUGGUCGCCGCAUCACAAGGAAAUAGUCUCGACGGGUGGUUUCCCCAACAACGCUCUGUCAGUGUGGGUCUAUCCCACGCUGGCCAAGAUGAUUGAGAUUCCAGCCCACGAGCAGCGCAUCUUGUUCUCGUGCCUCAGCCCCGACGGACAGACGCUCGCAACGGCCUCGGCAGACGAGAACCUCAAGUUCUGGAAGCUGUUUGAGAAGAAGGCGGGCCAAACGGCCGUGUCGGCGAAGCCGCGCGCACUGACUGGGCCGACGACGCAGAUUCGCUGAUAGGGCCUUGGAAGUUGAAGGACGUAUGGCGUUUUAAGGAAGGAAGGAAGGGGAUUGGCUGGCGUUUUGGUGUAUUCGUCCCUACCUAGGUACUCUACUGUUUACGUGUAGUUACGUAGUACUACGUAGUGAUAAAUCCGACGCACGGCCUUGAUGGCUCGUGAUAAGAUUAGAUCUUGACCUGGACUACCACUGGUG